AUGAAUGGAAGAAAUAUUGCAACCAGAGAGAAAGGGCUAUGCAGUGCCCAUACAGGAAGUAUUACUGGGGUCUACAUGCAGGGAAUGGUUAUAGAAUUGGAUCAAAAAGUGUUGUUGUUGCUCACAGAUCAUCAACUCUUGAUGCCACAUAGUUUAAGAGUUGGUGCAACUGUAACAGUGAGGAAUUUUCAUCUGGAGAAUCCCAAAUUUUCUUGGACAAAAGUAAAAGUAUUUGGAUCAUGCUAUAAGACUAGCAUCCAUGUCAAUAUAUUUUCUCCAAUUGAAAGCGGAUGCUACCAAUCUUUACAAUCUCGCAGCCUUCUCAGGAAGUUCAUUGAAUCACUUUCAUUUUCUGCUAGAUUAUGGGUGUUGCUUGUUGUCUCAUCUUUGAAGAAAAAGUUCUCUGGGAUUUUAUCUGAGAUGGAGAUCUUAGGAUCUAAACAUAUGGAAGGAUUAGUUCAGAAAUAUUCCAGUUCAUGUUUACCUUUAUCAGUAUUCCGAUUUCGGCAUGGAGUUCUCACAGAAUAUUGUCAGCAUGAGUUAUAUGGAUGUGGCAAAGAAAUCGAUUACACCCCUCCAAAAUUGGUUGUGCCAAUUUCCAAUCUCAUAAGUCAUUGUGAGGACAUAUUCAUAAAAAAAUUAUAUCAAAGUGGGAAAGAUUCUGAUAUGAAUAAUCAAUUCAGCAAUCUAGUUUGUGGAGGGAAAUCUCAUGAUCAACCAAUUAGAACAAUCUUGAAAAGUGAAGAUGUGAACAUUGUUUUGCUUGGAACUUUAAAGAUUUCUGAAUAUUCUAGAAGGUUGCAGUUAGUUGAUGCAACAGGCAGUAUUGACAUAGUCAUACCUGAUCUUUCAUCUGAUUGGAGCAUUAAAGACAUAUAUGAGAUAAAUGACUUCAGUGUUGUAAUUGAAGGAUUCCCAAGACAACUACAACAUUUACAAUCACUCAACAACGAUCCAUUUUCAUGCAAAAACAUCUUCAACCAUUUUCAAUUAACAAGGAGAAAACAAUUUACAAUUUAUAUUUAUUGCUAUAUAAGAGACACAAAAUCAAGAAAUCAUAUUUUAUAUCCUAGAAUGGAUAAGGAGGAGAAAUAUAAAGAGAUAGAAAGUGGAAACUUUCACUUACUUUAUUUAAUGCACAAAUUUCCUCUACAACAAAAGUUUGCAGGUGAUGAUGUUGCUACAAAUAAUUUAAGUGUAUAUGUUGAGGCCAUAGCUUUUCCAUGGAAUUUGGUUCUUUAUAAAAGAGAAAGAGAUUCAGAAUCUGUUAAGAUGUUAAAUGGCAGAGUUGUAAAUAUGCAUAUGCAGGAAGAUUCUUUUUGUAAAAGAGCUGCAAGGAAGUUGCUUUUGGAGUUCAAAUCUGAUAGUUUCUCAAAGUAUGAGUUAUUGAGAAUUGGUGGGUAUUAUUUGGUAAAGCAUGAUGAGAAAGAUCUUAUAUGCAACUCCUCAAAGGAGUGUGGCUUUGUGAACACUAAAUCACAUUUUUGGAGUGUUUCUUUUUGUAAUGAUGAUGAGGCUUCAUUUCAUAAGUUAAAUGAGAUUGAGAGAUGUCCAGAUGUUUAUGUGAAUGUGUCAGUUGACUUUGAGGUCAAACUCAGAGAACUCAAACAAGAUCUUAUUCUCCCAACUAAACCAAUCGAACAAGCAUUUAACAUUUGUUGGAGUCCUUCCACAACAAUGAAUUUGGCCAAAGGGGAUUUAUUAUCUUUCCAAGGACUUGUGUUAGGUGUUCAUACUCAUACUUCAACUCAUCAACUUUUUCAUCAUCGUAUAUUUCAUGGAGUCUCAAGUAGUAGUAUUUGUAUUCAUGUAUUAAUCGACAAUAACAUGGUGAAGAUAUAUAGCAACUUAAGUCAACAUAGUUAUCCAAUUGGAUUUGGGCCAGGUGUCAAUGCUAAGUUUUACCGUGUUCUUUUAACAUCUGAAGGGAAUGUGCUUAAGUUGACACCUGCAUCUUUCAUUGAAAUCAACUCCAUCACCACUGAAGAUGACCUAAAUAGCAAUGACUCAAAUGACACAUCACCACAUAUGGAGACCACUUCCUCAUUAGCAAAUUCACCUCCUGCAACUUUAAUUUCUGAAAUGAUUCACUUCUCACACCAUAAACAAAUCCGAAUCAAUUGCAAAGUUGUAGCAAUUCAUGUAUUGGUAUUGGAAAAGAAUAAUGAGCUCCUACACUCAAAUGCGAAGAAAUUCCCACUUGCUGGUUUAUUAAUCGAUGAUGGAUCAUCCACAUGUUGUUGCUGGAGUGAUAAUGAAAGCGUGAUUACUUCUCUUUUGGGAUUAACAUUGAAACGUUCAAGAACAAGUUUAAUGAAGAUUUUAGAUGAGCAUGAUUCGGUUUUAGUGAAGAAUUACGGAUGCUUCUCUGAUUAUUCUUGUGUGGAUGUUAAAGUUUCGGGCAGUCUUAAGGAGUCGGAUGAGCAGUUUCUCAAGUCCAUUCUACUCCAAGCUUGCUCCACCAACACUUGGAAUGUUGUGGGGAGUAUGUUGGAUUUGAAAGGCGUGAAUGAGUUGGAGGAAAGGUUAAGGAGAUUGGAUUUGGUGAUGCUUCCGAUGCAACAUAUAUGGGUUUCUCAUGUUUCUCAUUUGGAUGCUUUGAAUGAAGGAAGAAGCAUUCUUCAACAACUCCUAAAAUCUUGA